AUGACGGUCACAAAGCGUGACGAUGUCUUUGCCGACAUCUCAGAAGCUGCAGGCCCGGAUAGCAAGGAAAUUCCAACAAAGUCGGAUGACGGCUGCAAAAAAGCAGCGAGUCCGGAAGCCUGCCGAGAUGCGGAUGCCCAUGCAGCACAAUUUGCGGAAUAUACUGGCAUGACACCAAAAUGGUGCUAUAGACUAGUUCUGAUUAGCUUGGUACUACGAGUGAUGGGCGGAUGCUGGGUGGCCUUCGUUGCUCUGGAGUACACCCGCUACUAUGUGCUGAACGACCUGGCCGAGCUCGACCUUCUCCGGGUUCUGACCGGCUCUCCGCAAUUUGCCGUUCAGGCGUUCCUCUUUCCUUUCUUGGGUGUCUUGUCAGACAGGGUCUCGAGGAAGAAGCUCAUACUGGCUUCGAGUGCGGCCAUCUCUGUUUCGGCUUGGCUGAUGACGGCGGUGCCUUCUGUGGAAGUCUACAUCUUUACCAAGGUGCUGGCAUUGGUUUCAGACGUUGGCGGCCCUAUUCGAGACGCCAUGCUACGUGACAUCUUCUCCGCGGAAGAGUGGGAAAUGAAACAUGGUGGUGUAACAGGCCUAAAAGCGCGCUUGGCCAUCGUGGGCCAGAUGGGCUUUGCUCUUGCGAUGGCGAUUGGGAUGGCCAUUAUUAAGCUGGGGGAAGUCGGCGUUGGACUUCCAAACGAGUACACUGUACACAAGGAACAUUGCGGGGCGCAUCACUGCAUCCAGCCAGGGCAUUUUAGCUGGGAUGGGCCAUGGGCCAUUGAUGGCAGCUUGCGGCUAAUGAUGCUGAUGGGGUCCGUUUGCUUGUCGCUCGAAACUAUCCUAGUGGCGGUGGCCUUCCCCGAGACAAUCAAACCGGAGCUUCGCACGAGCACCCGGAAGCUGGUGGUGGAAAACUGGCGGGUCAUUCAGCCGUGGAACAAUCUUCGUGUCUUCGCCACGCACGAGCUUCGGCUCCUGAUGUCCAUCCGGACCUUGGGCUACGUGAUCGCUGCUGGAGGAGGAUCUGUCUACAUGUCUUUCUAUCAGCGCUUCGAGUUUGACACCUUCACGAUGAUGACGCACACCGUUCUGGCAGGGGCUGCCACGUGGUUGACCACCCUGGCCGUGCCAAAACUGGUGGAUCGCCUUGGGGACAUGCGCGGUGUUUGGAUCCCUUCAAUUGUCUUGUCGAUAUUGUACGGGGUGGCCUGCGGCUUCAUUCCCGCCGGCCACGGCUACCUGGUCUACGCUGUUUGGCCACUGCUCGGAGGGCCCUCCUUCGCUCUGACUGGCUUUGCUCCCGACCUGCUUGCAAAGCUCGUUCCGGCAGACGUGCAAGGAACGUUCGCCACUGCAAAGUCCUUCCUCUUCCGGCUUUCUCAAGCUAUCUUCAUGUGGCCCUGGAACCAGCUCUUCAUGCAUACCGCCCAGUUCGCAUAUCCACUGGAUGCGACCACACUUUGGGUCUCCCUUGUCUUAGGCGUGUUCAUGCUGAUGCUCACCUGCUACGCAUGUCAACACGAUCCCCGCGAAGCCAUUAAGAGUGGACGGGCGUUGGAUGCCUUCAUGGCCAGCGACUAUGCCAAAAGCAGCUGGUACAAGAAGAAUGCAGCAGAGGAUGUCUUCGAGCAGCAAGCAUCAGCUGCAGGUGGACAGCAGAUGGAGAUGCUUCAAUACACGGCAACGCUCAGUCGACAGGCUCAGAGCUCGGCAUAUGCCGCUCUUGUGUCAGCAGAAGACGGUCAGCAGCAGCAGACCGCCAAGCCGCAGGAUCUGCCACAAGAUGCUGAGACCAUUCAAGGCCCCACAUUCAACGGCCUCUCACAGGAACUGGAGGAAAAGUAUCAGACAACUGUAAGGCGACUGAAGCAACAGCUGCAGCAGGAGCAAAAGCAAGCGGCGAAGAUGCGAGCAAUCGCGGACCGUCAGUUCACCGAGCCGUCCGAGCUUGAGGCCUUCUUCCUCGAGUGCGUGGAUCAGGUGAAAACAGAGAUCACCGAGCGCCGAAAAGCGGCGCUCGAGCAGAACAGAGCUUUGCGUGCUGGCGGGGAGGGGAAAGCUCGCGGGUAUCCAGAAGCUCUCCCACCGCAUCUCGCAAAGCUGGCACAGACGCCGACGCUGGAUGAUUUUACUGUCACCGACAGACGCAAGGUAGUAGAGCUGCUGCUCAGCAGCGAGCAUGUUCUGCAGUUCCUUUAUGACAAGCUCUUUCCACCUGAGUCUUCAGCUCAGUGA